CAGUCAAAAGUUACAUAUGAACAGAACAAAAACAAAAAUAUUCGAUUCAACAGUUCAAAGAAAUAUUAUCCACAGAGAUAAACUUAUAUUUAAAAAAACUUUCAAAAUGAGCCAAUCGACUGAGCGGAAAACUAUGAUUCAGGAAAAGAGAAAACUAAUGGAGGACAAAAGGAUGAGCAUGGGAAUGAAGUCCAUCUGCGCUUCUAUUAUUGGGACCAAUAUCCGACCAAGUGACGAUCCGCGAUACUCGUUCUCAUCCAUGAUGAGGCGCCAUUGGGCUGAUAAGCCAUUUGUUGAUCCUAAUUAUGAAGCGAAGGAUGAAGAAGCAUUUAAACCCAUUUAUCAAACGAAAUUUGAUGACGACAGGGACCUUAAGCUUGAACCCACUUUCUCUAAGCACCGCAUACCAUUGCAAAUACGAUGUCUAGAGCGGUAUUACAAUUCCAAGCGGGAGUACGCCCAGCAGUUCAAGCGGGAAGUAAAUCUCCUGAUCGACAACCAGUCUACAGCCGAAAAUGCCUGGCAAUUUGUUAGGACUAUGGCUUACACCUCGCUUUGGCCGCCGCUCCACACGAGAAAGGAGCUGAAAAUGUUUGAACAAGGCUUUUGCAAGCUUUCUCCCACUGAGCAGCGUCGCUUCAAUAAAAUAAUGGCAACCGAUUUUUCAUGAAGUUUCUACAGCUGGAUAUUAAUAUUUUUAUUUUUUAUUAAAAAACAAGUGCAACACAUAAAAACAAAGAAAA